UUUUUCGUAACAGACUUCCAGCGGAUUCGCACGCAAACUUGUCUCAAACGGGCACCCCCGGCCCGACCGGAUAUGAAAACGUGUUAAGAUUGUUUUAGCGCUGCCUAGUGAAUCAAAAACUCAAUCCGUUCGUCUCAAAUGAUUUCACGCUAACAAGUAAGCAAUCUAUGGUAAUAAAAUCAUCAUCAUAUCAUAAUGCAUGGCAUACCAGAGCAAAUCGCCCGCCAAACAACGGAGCCCCACUCAGUUUCACACUUUGCUCCGAGGUCAGCAAACUCGAAGCAAAGGAUGAAAUCCAACCCUAACAACAACAAGCACAUGCAAUAAAGAUCAAAAAAGGAAAGAGCCUGAACAAAGAAUAAACAAGAAAUGGCAAAUUGAUAACCCCGACCAAUGAGGAAUAACACCAUGGGAUCGAAGUUCACAAAGACAAGAACCUUCUAGGUUAGGGCAAAAACCCACCUUUCCUUUCCGAAUGAAACUGCUUGGCCUUCUCUCGUCUGACCAUCGAGAACGCCAAUUGGCCCAUCGAAAGACCUUUGGCCCCUCUCCAACCCUUCUUCUCUUCUCCAAUUGUUCUUUCCCUUCCGAGCCCUGGCUGAUUGCUGCUGCUGCUGCUGCUCCUGCUACUACUCCUCCGCUGCACCAUGGACUGGCACGGCUUUUUCUUCACACCCCACCUGCUCGUCCGAGCCCAGCGCACAGCGGCAACGCGUAUUGACUGACCAACCACAAAUUCCACAACAAGAAAGUCUUCUUGUCAGCGGGGACGGAGCGCAGCGUCAAAGUACGACCCGCGAUGAUGCAUGCAAGGGCUGCCAUGUAGACCCCGCCCCAGAAGAGGACCCCGCUCUGGCCAGUCUGCAGCCAACCCCAAUAACAAGGACUAACGAUGCCCCAAAACACCAUGAAUGCAGCUGUCACCCAGCGUGCGCUAGCGUCACCAAUCACCAGAGGCAGUGUCUUCCGGCCUCGAGCACUAUCUCCGGCCUGGUCAUACAGAUCCUGGGUCUGGACGGUGGUGAAGACGAUCGCGCCAAUGAUGGCCAGCCAUGGUAGACCCAAUCCGUCCGUCCGGAUGAAGGCUUGCCACUGGGAUGGGCCUAGCUCCAGCUGCACGGCGCCCGAAGUGUAGCACAUGAAGCCUAGCCCGUUGAUGAGAUUGCGCAGAAUGCAGCUAACAUCCGCGCCCCUCGCAUCGUUGUACCAGAAGCCGAGUCCAAUGAGCGUUAUGCACUGUGCGAGUCCGCCAACCCGGAUGCUGGUACCCAAUGCGAGUGCGUAGAGAAUGAACAUCACCACCUGGGCAUGUUCCGGCGUCAUGCGUUUGGAAGGCAUGGUUCGCCACGGUUUGUUGAGCGAAUCUUCCAUGAUAGCCUCUGGUUGGCGCUGGUUGUCGAUCGUAAAAGGGAGAAGGUUUAUCCACGCCCAUAACAGGACAAGAGGCACUCGCUGGAAGCAUAUUGACCAUGCAGGUGCGGGAUCGAUUCCAAAGGAUGCUGCCCCCAGCGAGGUGAGUAAACCAAAGCCAAAGCUAGUGGCAAUGAUGGUUUUGAGGUCGCUAUAUGUAAACAACCAGAUGGAAUGUAUGAAGUGGCCAGGCUGUUCUGAAAUGUGGUUCAAUAAUGACAAAAGGCGCCGAACAGGCAAGGGGCGCUUAACCGCUUGAUGGCGGGGGAUCUCCGGAGUUUCCGUAGCCAUGGUGGUGGUCAUUCUAUGAUCUAUGCAUGAACGUACAGCGUGGAGUCAAAAUAAAAAGAAAAAGAAAAAGAAAAAACCGUUUGAUUGAAGGUGGAGGGGGUGAGUGUAUCAAGGGAACCUCGGAUCAAUUUAUGUUUUCCCUUGUCAUCUCAUUUCUUGUAGGGCAGGGUCUAAUAAGUCAGUUGUGUGGCGGCGUUCUAAUCUAGUUCUUAUUUCCGAUUUUCUUUUUUCUUUUUUAUAUUUUUUUUACGAAUAUCCACAGUUUUUUUUUUCUAAUUUGAUCUUCCUUCCCACGAUCUCCCCCAAAACCUUCGCAGGGAACCUACCCGUGCCGCCGAUGAUCUGACCGAACCGAGCCCCCUUCGCAAUACUAGCUCCAGCACUAACCACGUCACUUUGUUUCUCUUUCUCUCCAACAGCAUACUCCCAGAAUCCACAUACGCAAUCACAGCUGGCACUGGUGCUGAUUGCUUGUGGGGCUCUGUAUGCUUAUGAACCUACGGAGGGGCCAGGUCCUCGAUCAGCCGCUCGAGAUAAUCACAUAUUCACACGCACUUACCGGGGUUUGGUUUCUCUUCUUCCCGAUUUCUCUGUCCGAGUACUCGGUGAUUCCCACCUGGAAGUUCAAUUACCAUUCUCAACAUGGACUUGAUCGUGGAAAAAUUCCAUGCUGAGCAUGCUAUGGCGUUCAUGGCUGAACGGCCAUUGCUGGCAAGAUGUGCCCUCGUUGGCGUCUUUGGUGUCCUAGUCCACCAUCUUGUUUUCAUUAAAAGUGAAUGGCAUAUGCAGGGACCCCGGAUCAUAAAGACUGUCUCUGCUGCAUAUGCCGUCCUGGCGCUGUUGGAGGCGAGAAAGACCUUGAGUGUUGCCGCCUUUGGACACGCUGGUCUCAUCGUGGGCAGCUUCAUUUUGUCUCUUCUGUUUAGCAUUGGUGCUUAUCGUCUCUUCUUCCAUCGCACCCGCCACUUCCCUGGCCCUCGAUUGGCUGGCCUGACCAAACUAUGGCACAUGUACCAAUGCCGUAAUGGUCAGAACCAUCUGGUUCUGGAGAGGAUGCAUCGCGAGUAUGGUGACUUCGUCCGCACGGGUCCCAAUGAGAUUACUGUCUUCCAUCCAAAUGGACUGGCCUUGCUCGAUGGACCAGGAAGCAAAACCAGCAAGUCUGUCUGGUAUGACUUCCUCUUGCCAAAUGUCGGUGUGACCACUAUCCGUGAACGAGGCUGGCAUGACCAGCGUCGCCGUCUGUGGAUUAAAGGCUUCUCCAAUAGCGCAAUGCAGAAGUACCAGGAGCAUAUCGAAGCUCACGUCCAAGACAUGGAUGCUAUCAUUGCCGCUGCCAAAGGAAGCCCCGUCCCUAUUUCCACGUACAUCUACUGGUUCGCGUUCGACAUCAUGGGUCUCUUUGCCUUCUCUCGCUCCUUCGAUAUGCUUCGCAGUGAGCACUGGCAUUACAGUAUUCGCAACCUGCGAAAAGCCAUGACACUAUUAGGCCCUUUCUCCUCGGUGCCCUGGGCCGCACAGAUUGGGUUUUGGCUUCUCAAGGGGUACUGGGUGGUGAACGACUGGCACACUAUGAUCGCGUGGUGCGCUAACCAGAUGCAGCUGCGCCUUGAUGAACCGGAUUCCCACGAUGUGGCGCAGGGGAUCAUCGCCGAUUCCAAAAAGAGGGGCACGCUGAAAGAAGACCAGGAGCAGCUUGUCGGAGAUGCAAUCGUCGCAAUUGUAGCUGGAAGUGACACCGUCGCCCCCACACUCGUUUUUGCGAUCUACCAAUUAGCCUUGAAUCCCGACAAGGCUGAAAAGCUGUACCAAGAAGUUAAAGACGUGAGCAUCCAAGACCUGGCCACUUUUAAGAAGCUACCUUACCUCAAUGCCGUCAUCAUGGAAACCUUACGUCUACACCCUGCCGUCCCUACAGGGGGUAACCGAGAUACUCCGCCAGAAGGCAUGAUGAUCGAUGGCACUUUUAUUCCGUGCAACACGACUAUCGUUGCACCUCGUUAUGUUUUAGGUCGAUUGGAGAGCUGUUUUGUUCGACCAAAUGAAUGGAUCCCCGAACGAUUCGAUACUCAGCCCGAGCUGGUCAAGGAUACUCGAUCUUUCCUACCCUUUGCUCAAGGUCGCUACACCUGCCUGGGCAAGGAUGUCGCAAUGAUAGAAAUGUGGACAGUCCUCACGGUCCUCAUUACUAAAUAUCGGUUCGAUUUCCCUGCUGGCCAGCGCGAGAAGUAUAUCCAAAAUGUGGAGGGUAAGAUGAGGGACCAGUUUACGGCUACGCCGGGUGAUUUGGCCCUGGUGUUCUCCAAGAGAGAGAACAUUACGUCAAAUUAGGGACUGGGCUUGAGUUGGAUUGAACUAUUAGAUGGAUUAUAUGGUUAUUAUUUAUCGAAUAACGAUUUCACGAGCCUUUAGCUGGAAUAGCGAAUUAGUCCCUUUUAUCGUCUGACAUCAAUCAUUUUCAUGCGCC